CUAGGAUCCGCGGCACGCCGUAUACAUACCUAUUUAUACCCAUGGCGCGACCUCCACCCUCCAAGUCCAAGGUCAACAUCUUGGAUUUGAGGCCCGUCCGCAGGUUGGAGCGGGAAUUUCGAGAGGAGGGCAAGGACGAGGAGGGAACUGGAGAUCUUGGCUUUGUGAUGAGCCCCGGCAAAGAAGGUGGUGGUUACAUUGCAGUUCCAAACACAGGGAGGAGAUUUUCGGAAGGUGAUGCCAAGACCAACAGCCGCUUCUCCCAUGCGUCCCAGGCCUCGCACAGCACCAGCCGCAGAGAUACGAUUCGAGUCCAGACGGCAGAAGAGCUUGGCGUGUCCUUGGAGGAGUACCGGCAACAGUUGGCGCAAGCAAAACUCAUUGGGGCGAUGAAAUUUAUGCAGAUGGGGAAGGUGGGCAUCGAACCCAAUUCGGUUUAUGGUGCUGCAGUAUUAAUGCCUCAAUUGGCCAGAACUGCACAUUGGCAUAGAUCUUUCAUACCCCAUGUGUGGAACAGCUUUUUCUACCUCUUUGUUUGCAUGUUUGUCCAUGCGACCAUGCUGAUCUACGUGAGCAAAGAACUUCAUGUCAUGAACCUAUUUGCAGGACAGCCGUACUUGUGCGACUUCGGAGCUGACUUGCCAGCUUGCACCUUGGACGAGCAGUCGGAGAGAUGUGUUGGUCCUUUUGGAACUCCUGUGACAGCACCGCGUUUAUACUCUUGGAGCCAAUGGGCAUCCAGGAGCUUUGUACGAGAUUCCAUGGCGGCAAUUUUUCCAGAGCAGGAAGAGGAGAUCAGGAAAGUGGCAGAUCCCGGUGAAUACGGUGUUGAAAGCUACUACUGCCGACUCUUGUGCUGCUUUGUUUUUGUCAUUAGCAUUACGCAGGAACUGGACAAUAUCAUCAAAAUGAUGAGAUUGCUGUACAACAUCCCUAACGAAGAUCAGCCCUGGUUCAUACUAGGCGAAGAGGAUGAAGACGAUAGCGACGAGAACAUGGAGAAAUGGUUAAACGAGGUUGAAAUGAAAGUGGCUGGCAUGUCAAGGAGUUGGAAGAUGUUAAAUGUCUUUAUGGUUCUUAUUCCAAAGAGCCUUCUUUGGAUCAUGACAGCCAGCACGGGCAUUAACUUUCUUAUGGAGACUGGAGGCAUUGAUGACAUCAUAGUGAACUCCGUCGCCCUGGGCUUUCUCCUGCAAUUGGAUGAAAUCAUCACGGAUGCCAUGCUGUCGGACGAGGUCAACCACCUCCUAGAUGAGUGCAAAGAGUUCCCCUUGUAUCAAGAAGGAGAUCUCCACACUCACGGUGACCAGGAGACGUUGUCAAAGUUACAAGCCUGGGCACCUGGACAUCUUCAGCUUCUUUGGGAGAUGAUUCCGAAGGUCAUGGUGUUUUGUUCGACCUUGCUCUACUGCUUGGUGAUGCGCUACUAUACACUCCAUUGUGUUCAAGUUGAUGGCAAGUGGGUUUCAAAGGACAUGCACUUGCCGAGCUCCUUAAGUUUCUCCUUGGCCAAUGCGCUCUCUCUACGCUGGUUCCCUGUGGAUGCGGCUGAGAAGCCUUAUUGGUCGAUGAGUUCAUGAGUGUCACACAAGGCACUCAAUGUUAAUGUCCUGAAGCGACUGAAAGCCGAAUUCGCAGAUUGUGCCAGACAUUGGCAGGUUGCAGCUUGUGCCCUCAAAGAUAGGGACUUGACAUCGAGGUUUCACGAUGUCGUGAGCCGCAAGAGCUGAAAA